AUGGCCGGGUCGCUCCUAUACGCGCUGUGCGUGUGGGUUUCUUUCAUCGGUUCUAGCGCGGGGACGGGGUUCGUGUAUCAGUUCCCAGGGGUGUCUCUCCAGCGCGCCAAAGCCGAGCAAAGCGUCAGCAAGGGAUCGCCGGGCACCGGGUCCCACACCCAACUCAGGAACUGGUGUCAGUACACGGUUUCCAGGACGGUGACUUGCCAAGUACACAAUGGGACAGAGACCACUGUCCAGAGAGUGUUCCAGGGCUGCCGGUGGCCCGGACCUUGUGCCAAACUCAUCAGCUACAGGACCCUGGUCAGGCCGUCCUAUAAAGUGGCCUACAGGCAGAUCACUGCGCUGGAGUGGAGGUGCUGCCCGGGCUUUGUUGGAGAAGAGUGUCGUGAGGAGUGCAUGAACUGCACGGGUUUCACCGCCAUGAACAGCAGACUUGAUGUCCUUGAAUCCAAGAUCAAGCUGCUAGCAGGGCCAGGAUCCAACCUGCGACCAGCCACUGGUUUUUCAGAGGGCUCCUCGCACAACGAGGUAGACACACCCCAGCCUACUCCUAUUGGACCUCCAUCGUACCUGCCGUCAGUUGAGAGGGGUCCUCCAGGACCUGUUGGACCACCAGGGCUUCCUGGUUCGGCUGGACAACCAGGAGUGGCUGGGAGAGCCGGACUGCCUGGACCAAUAGGACCAAAGGGGGAGAGGGGCUUUCCAGGAGAAUCUGGUCUUCCUGGACCUCCUGGUCCACCAGGCCCUCCAGGGCCCAGUUUCCAUUCAGCCCGGGUGAGAGGUGAUGUGUUUGGGAUCGACGAGCAAGGCCCUCCGGGACCAAGAGGACCUCCAGGUGUCCUAGGACCACAUGGUGAGGAAGGUCGCCAAGGCAACGCAGGGGUUCCUGGCCCUAAAGGAGAUGCAGGAGAAAGGGGGCCUCUGGGUUUAGCGGGGCUGCAAGGCCUACCUGGACCGCCGGGGCCGAAGGGAGAGCCGGGAGAGGGCUGGUCUGAGGGCGAGGGCGUGCAACAGCUCAGGGAAGCGCUGAAGAUCCUUGCAGAGAGACUCUUGAUUCUGGAGCACAUGAUUGGCAUUCACGAGAACUCGGAAGGCUCCGGACUCGGCAGUUUGACGGACCCCCUGUCCUUCUCCGUGGUUAAAACCAAGCGCCUGCAGCCAGUUCGAAGCCCGUCUCAGCCCACGACACAGGAGAAAAGACAAAGACGAGCUCCUUUUUAA